AUGCAAUCCCAUGAUUUUACCUGUCACUCCUCCAUAGACCCGGCUGCGACCGAUCCUUCCACCAUGUCCCAGCCCUCUUCCCCGAUCCACGCUUCUAAAAACCCUCAAAAUAACGGAGCCCAUGUCGAAAAUAAUGAGAAUUUUAAGGAAAAUGAUGUCAAGAAUUGUACUAGUGAUAACAAUGGGAGUGAUAAUGUAGUGGGUAGGAGGGAAAGACCUUCAAGGGCAUGCACACAGCGGGCGGCGGCAAGGUUGCAGGCUGCUGCGGAGGUGGAGGCUGCUAUGGCUGAGGACGAGAGAAAGCGGAGAAAGGUUAAAAGGAAGGAGAGGUUGACAGCCCGGCUGCUGAAGGAGGAAGAUGGGGUGGAGGAAGAGGAGGAGGAGGAGGAUGGGUCCCCUUCUUCGUCGAGGCAGCCUUCAAGUAAGAUAGUGACCCCUUUGGUAGGGGAGCCGGAGCCCUCGCAGUUGCCACGGUGGAACAUCCGGUCAAUGUGGCAGUUGGCAUCAAUACUUAAUUUCUUGAAUGUGUUUAGGCCUUUAUUGAAUAUAAAAGUGGAUUUUUCUGCGGAGGAGUUCGAGACAGCUUUGAUUACACCAAAUAAUACUUUGGGGGAUAUACAUAUGCCAUUGUUGAAGGCUAUUCCUCCUGUCACUAGAAUGGCGCUUGGACAUGGUACUUGGAUUACCAUUUUGUGCAGAAAACUGAAAGAUUGGUGGCAUUGGGUUGCAGAGGGGGAUCUACCUAUUGUUGCAUCACAUGGGGCUGAAAUUGAGGCAUACAAUGCACUUUAUCCUGGGGUUCGCGUGGUGAUUCUGAAAGCAUUAUGCGAUAUUCGUGUUGCGCAAGAAGAUAUUCGGAACUAUAUAGACAACUCAAUAAAACAUGGCGUCCACCUUUCAGCAUUUCGCAAGGAACGCAUCGGGGGUGAUUCUCAUGGAAUCUCAUAUUGGUAUGAAGAUGAUCCUAUCAUAGGUCAUCGACUGUAUCGUGAAAUUAGAAAGGUUGAGAUAAAGAAAGGAAAAGGAAAGAAUGUACCUCCUAUUCCUCAUUCAUCUUACCAGUGGGAAGCAGUUGCUACUAAUUUGGAUGAAUUCCAGACUGUUUCAGACAAGCUCUUUUCAAGCAAAAAUAGAACAGAGAUUUCAGUUGGGAAGAAAUUGAAAAUUGACAUGCUUCCUGAAAUUGAGAAGGUCCAUAAGAGGAAAGAGAAACUGUUGAAGAAACAAAACAGGCAAGCUCUUAUGCUGGAUAACAUGAUAAACAUGGAUGGUUUUGCUGCUGGACGCUCUCUCCGUGAUAGAAAACCUGUGACUUAUACUUUUGAUGAUUACGAUCGAUCUAUUAAUGAUGCCAUCAAGGUCACCAAGAAGAAAGAAUCAUCCCCAGAACAUUUUCUUGAAGAAGAUUCUCUUGUGAAAAAUGAAGUUACAACAAAUGGUGGAUUGGGUGUUCCGCCACAAUAUUCUCAGCAUGAGUUCAGUGCACUGUCUCCAAAAUCACCUGAUGAUGAGUUUUAUGAUGAUCACCAAGCUGAGACACUGGAACGCAGCAAUCGUCGAAGGCAGAGGCCACAGCGGUAUUCCACAGAAGAGUUCGUGGGAGCUGUCUCGUAUAACGAGGUUGACUUUGACACUGAUGAUGAUGAUGACGAUGUAGUUGGUGAAGUUGUAUACAAUGAAGAAUAUCUAAGGGGACGAAAGAAGAGGAAAAUGUCAAGUAGCUCAGAAGGAGACGAAGAGUAUCACUUGGAUGAAGAAAAUCCUGAAGAGGAAGAAGAAGAAGAUAUGUUAAGUACAAGCGAGGAGAGUGGUGGGCCCCGCAGAUACAAUACAUUGCCAGGCCGUACCAGGAGGGAAACUAAAUUGAGGUCAGUUGGUGAGCUCCCGUCAGGUCUUAGACGCAGUAAUCGAGCCACCGGAAAUCGUAUCAAUUAUAAGCAGUAUGAAAUGUCCGAAUCUGAAACCGAAUCAGUGAAAUCUGAGAAGUCAAGUGCUUUAGAUGAGCACUCUAAUGCAAGUGAUAACGCAGAGUUUUCAAUGGGAAGUCAAUAUUCUGAUGAAGCCAGUGAUAAGCAGGAGAUGCAUAUCAAUCAGCCUAUUGAAGAACAUCCCGAGGUGGGCAAUAAUGAGAAAACAUGCCCGCCAGAGAAAUCAGAUAGCACUGGUCAAAACGAAGUUGAAGGUGUAAGGAAAAGGCGUUUUCUUGAUCUAAAUGAACUUGCUCCGGGUUCUGGCUUUGAUGAUGGUCCGAACUCCAUGAAAGAUGAAAAUACAGACGACUUCUAA